AUGGUAUCAGAGCCAGGGCACUCUGGAGAUCAACGGCGGCAGCGACGAUCAAUCAGCGGCGACUUCGAACCAGUGAUCAGCGGCGACUUCGGAUCAGCGAUCAGCGGUGACAACGUUUUGCGUUGUGCUUCAGUCCGGCACUGUGUUUUUCGGACAAGCGGCGGAACUUCGGUGAUCGCCGUCUCCUUCGACUUCGAACCAGUGAUCAGCGGCGACUUCGGAUCAGCAAUCAGCGGCGACAAACGGCGGCACUUCGGUGAUCAUCGUCUCCUUCGGAGAACAGCGGUAGCAUUUCUUCUGGUUUCUGAAGUAUCACUGUUCAUCGUCUUCUUCGAUGAACAGUGGCGGCACUUCGAGUUCUUCCGGCGAAUCAGCAUUCUGUGGCAGUUUCUCUUCAGCGGCACCAACACUAUACUCGACAUGGCUGAAAACAAGGAUCAGGGCGGCAGUCAAUGUCCAAGGAACGUGAUCUCACCCUAUCUUCUAUCAACCAAUAACAAUCCAGGGAGCGUUAUCACACAGAUCCAGCUUAGAGGUGACAACUAUGAUGAAUGGGCUCGAGCAAUAAGAACGGUGCUGCGAGCCAAGAAGAAAUUCGGCUUCAUCGAUGGAUCAGUGAAACAACCUUCGGAAGAUUCAGUGGAAUUAGAAGAUUUGUGGAUGGUGAAUUCCAUGCUUGUGUCAUGGAUUCUGAAUAACAUUGAACCAAAUUUACGUUCAACCGUAACAUACACAGAGAUUGUGAAGACACUCUGGGACGACAUAAAGGAGCGAUUUUCUGUUGGUAAUGGACCACGAGUCCAACAACUCAAAUCUGAACUGGUGAAUUGCAAACAAAGAGGUAUGACAAUUCUGAAUUACUAUGGAAAACUCAAGAUGAUAUGGGAGGAAUUGGGAAAUUAUGAGCAAUAUCCCACUUGUCAAUGUGGCAAGUGCAACUGCGACAUAAGCAGGGCGUGGGAUAAGAAGCGGGAUGAAGAGAAACUUCAUCAAUUUUUGAUGGGGCUAGAUGACAUGGUCUAUGGAGGUGUGCGUUCGCAUAUACUGAGUACGAAACCCUUGCCAAAUUUGAAUCGAGCCUAUGCCAUAGUGGUUCAAGAAGAGCAAGUUCAGACUAUGACACGCGCAAAGGAAGAGAAAGUUGAAGCUGUGGCCUUCGCAACCCACACAGGAAAGAGGCAAAGCGAGGGCAGAGACAAGAACACAGUAUGUACUCACUGCAACAAGACAGGCCACGAAGUAGAGUCUUGUUUCCAACUGAUCGGCUACACUGAAUGGUGGGGUGAUCGACCGAAAAAUAAUACCCGUGGAACAGGCCGAGGGCGUGGUGGACAGAAACAACGAACAGGGGCAGGAGGAAAAGGUCGUGACAGCCAAGCUAAGGCCAAUACAACCAAAGCCUCUGUGCAAGGCAAUACGUCUCAAGGAGAAUCAAUCGAUGCAGCCAAGACCGGGUUAAAUGGACUGAGCAGUGAGCAAUGGAACAUGUUACUCAACCUUUUGAACACACAAAAAGAAGGGAGUCAACAACUAAGUGGUAAGCAAAAAUUGUCAGAAUGGAUAAUAAACAUAGGGGCCUCUCAUCAUAUGACAGGAAACCUAAAAUCAAUAAGAGACAUAAAGAAUAUCAUUCCGUGCUCUGUCGGGCUGCCAGACGGGAAAGCGACGAUAGCAGAAAAAGAAGACACAAUUGCACUGGAUGAUCACCUAAAACUGACUAGUGUUUUAUAUGUGCCUAGUUUGAAUUGCAAUUUACUUUUUGUAUCACAAUUAAUUGAGGAAUCAAAUUGCAUCGUCCAGUUCACUAACAAAUUCUAUGUGAUACAGGACCGCACUACGAGGAUGUUGAUUGGAGCGGGUGAGCAGCGAGAGGGACUAUUAUUUCCAGAGCAUUGCAUCAACAAGAGCAAUGAAGACUAUAGAGAGCAGAAUGUCAGAUAUUUGACAUCAAAGGUUGGGGCAUCCUUCUUAUAG